GUUAGUUCACAGUGCAUUAACUAAUGUUAACAAACACAACUUGUGAUUUUAAUAAUGCAUUAGUAAAUGCUGAAAUUGACUAAGAUUAAUAAAUGCUGUAGAAGUAUUGUUCAUUCUUAGUUCAUGUUUACUAAUGUUGUUAACUAAUGAACCUUAUUGUAAAGUGUUACCAAUUAUAUUAAUACCAUUAUUGUUAUAUAUAUUAAUGUAAGCUGACAUACUAUCAAUUUUGGAAAUUGAAGUGAUAAAUAAUAAAAGAACAUUAGUUGAAAGCAUUCAGGUUAUCUGGUACUUUAACACUGGAAGACAUUAUUUCAAACGGUGAAAAUUAAAGGCAUAAUAGAAGUGAACAGACAAAUCACUUUAACGUAAAGCUUAAUAUCUGAUUUUCAAUCCUUGUUUUUCUUUCUUUUUUGCUUUUGUGUUUACAGGUCAAAAUGAAUCAGCCUAUUGCCAACUUCACAUUCCUGCCGACUCUCCUCUUCACCAACACGACUUUCAUGAAUGUCACCUCUUAUGAAAAUAACACCUUUUUGCAGUUUGCCACAUCCACCAUGUCGACACUUACGCAAGGUAAACUAACCCAAGCCACCACCACCACCACCACCACUACAACAACAACAACAACAACAACAACAGCAGCAGCAGCGCCAAGCAUCCUAGCAUCCAUAAACCUGCCUUACAUGAUAGCCGAGCUCGUCAUAGCCCUUCUGUCCACUGUGGGUAACCUGCUAGUUUGUGUUGCAGUGGGACUAAACAGGAAGCUCCAAACAGUUACUAACUACUUUCUGGUGUCAUUAGCGGUGGCGGAUAUCUGCGUGGGUUCACUGGCGAUCCCUUGCGCCAUCAUGACAGACCUGGGCAUUCCACGGCACAAUCUGUAUCUGUGUUUGCUAAUGUUAUCUGUACUCAUCAUGUUAACCCAGAGCUCCAUUUUUAGCCUGCUGGCGAUCGCCAUUGAGCGUUACAUUGCCAUCUUCAUGCCCUUCCAGUACCACCGGCUCAUGACACCUCGCAACGCAGUGCUGGUCUUGUGUUUCACUUGGACGCUGGCCUUCCUGAUCGGUCUGGUGCCGCUGAUGGGUUGGCACAAGCCUCCGCCCGAGUCUGGCUACUGUUUCUUCGUCUUUGUGGUGGAUAUGACCUACAUGGUCUACUUCAACUUCUUCGCUUGCGUUCUGACCCCGCUGGUGGUGAUGUUCCUCAUCUACGCGCAGAUCUUCGUCACGGUCAAACGUCAGAUGAGGAGGAUCGCGGCAGAGCGAGGCGGCGCGGCCAACACAGAGGGAACAGCAAAGAUGAAGAAAGAGAUGAAGAUGGCCACUUCGCUCUUCCUGGUCCUCUUCCUUUUCACGUCCUGCUGGAUUCCGCUACAUAUCAUCAACUGCUUCCUGCUGCUGUGUCCGUCAUGUCCUGUGCCUUUACCGCUGUUACUAACGGCUAUCAUUCUCUCCCAUGCAAACUCGGCUGUUAACCCUUUCCUCUAUGCCUACAAGAUGAAAACCUUCAGAAAUGCGUUCAAGGCCAUCUUCCUGUGCUGCAAGGGCAUCGGUGAUGGCGAUGAACAGCAUGACAAUGGAGGAGGGAAUAACACUCAAAGAUGAAUCUGAACAAUAACACUUAGUCUAGUCCCAACAAUAAAACUGAAAAUAAUCUUAAUGGGAUUGAAAACAUAAUUCUAAGAUGGUUUAAUGUGCAAAACCAGACCUGUAUUUUGUAAGUGCACUGUAUGUGCUUUAUAUUUCUGAAAAACAUUCUUUAAUUUGAGAGAGAAAAUACUAUUUUUAAUUACGACUUAAGACUAUGGAUGCAGGAUUUUGGGGGGAAAAAAAUCUAAUUGUGAUUUUUCUGAUAAAAAUUGCAAUAAAAAAAAAAGCUCCUGGUUUGCUGUGCUUGUUGUUGGGGCUGCACCAUUUUGCCCAAAAUUCUGUGAUUAUAUAUCAAUGUUAUAACAAUAUACUUUUAUAAUGAUUAUUACUAUUGCUAAAUUCAAAUAGGCUAUUAAACAGAAUCAAAUAUACUACUGUAUAGGGGUGUAAUGGUACACAAAUUUUUGGUACAGGUCGGUACAUAUGUUUAUUGUAAAAUAAUAAAAAAACUAACUGUAACUGUAAACUAAUAAUAAAAAAAAAAAAAAGAGUAUUUAAGACAAAUAAUAUAAUUUUUAUUUUAAAGUAUAAUAGUAAUAUGUAUGGCUGUAUUAAUUUAGUUAUUUUCAAACAUUACAAAUCAAAUCUUUUUUGGCUGAAAACCAUAGGGAGCCUUUCUUUUGUUUUGUUGACAAUACCUAGUUCAUACGAACUUCUCAUUAUAAAUUUGGGAAAAAGUUUGGUGCAUGUUGUGUACCCAAAUAAAUGUUAUAAGUGACCCAAACUCACAAGACAUCCAGAAAUGAGCCACUCUGAGACACUGAAAAUACUGAAUGACGUGCAUGUAAAACACAUUUCACUCUGAAACAUGGAGUGCAUUUAUUUAUUUAAUUAAACCACAGCCUUUACGAUUUGAUAAUCACACUUAUUGUGAAGUCAUAUUGCGGUUUCUGUUUUACUUCAAUUAAGAGUGUAACCCUACUUGCGAUAGACUUCUGUAGAUAAUACUUUGCUCAUGUUUUGAAAUGUAUGACGGAUUCAUGCUAAAUCUUUCUAAGCAGAAACUGCUACACAAACCUGUCCAGUUUAAAUAAAUACUUAUACUGAUUUUUUUUGGUAAGUCUAAAUAAAGAAGCAAAAAGCAUACAGUUUAAUGCAUGACAGCAACCUA